CGUCGCAUGGAGCAAACCUCACUAAGUUGAGGGGCCGCGAAUCUAGGGAUCCACUAUUUUGGUAGCGCGAUUCUUGUGCUUUCUCCUAUAUCGUCGGUUUUGUAGCUGCCCGCCCAUCUUGCCAUGUCAAAGCUGCCAGUCACCGUUGGCCAGAUUCUGAAAGGGAGGAAUGGUCUAUACGAAAUUAUCGAGGCCCUGAAAACGAAUACGGUGUUUAAGGCCGCAAUUCUUAGCAGUACUUCCGAAGAAAUACCUCUAGGCGCCCAACAACUUGCUGUGAUCAAGACAGAGACAGAUGAGUCUAUGAAGUAUGUCUUCAACCGUGAGCGAAACAAUUACGAACUCCCGCACAUGGCUUCAUGUAAAACAAUAAGAGCGCUCCGCGAUGUUAUUAGCUUUGACCCCCAAAAACCAUUAGAGCCGCAAUGCAUGGUGUUCGAGUGGAUGGAUCAGGAUCUUCGCAAAGUGCCAUACUCUAGGUUUCGUUCCAAGCCUGAGCUCCCACGUGUGAUCGCAAGGUCAGUCCUAGAAACACUUGCCUUUCUAAAAGAAACGUACGGUGCUUUCCAUUCAGAUAUUAAUCCGAAUAAUAUUCUACUAUCAAAUGUCGACAGUGCAUGCCCUGUUGUUAAGGUGGGCGAUUUAGGGAACAUGCUCAGAGAAGGCUACGAUGAUACACGGAUCCAAAGCCUACCGACCCGUGCCCCCGAAGUCUGGCGUGGCCUCGGGUGCUUUCACAGCUCCGACGUCUGGUCCCUCGGCGCUACGUUGACAUACUGGCUUGCCCAAAGGCUCGUCUUCGGCGCUGGCGACAAGAUCAUAGAUAACAACACUGAGGCAUGGUGCAUAGCCAAAACCAUCCGCCUCGUAGGGUCGAUAUUGCCUCCUGUGAACGAGGCUUUCCUCGAUGAGUUCUCACUAGCGACGGCGCUGGAGAAAGAGGAGUACGAGGAUCCGGAGACGGGGAAGAUGAUGAAAUUUAUUACGAUAGGGACGGUACGGCAGGAGCUUGAGAGAAUUGGGGGGGUGCCGCAGGAUCUGAUCGAGUUUAUUGAGUACUUAUUAGUUAUUGAUCAUACGAAGAGGCCAACGGCGAGAGAAGCGCUAGGGCAUCCGUACCUGGCGGACGUGGCAGUUUGAAGAUGAAACAUUUGCUACUCACAAUGACCAUAGCACUGUUGCUGUAAAUUAGCCUAGUACGGGCUGUAUACUAGAUCAUAAGCAA